AUGUCUGUUUUCGCACGCUCAACCUUCUCGGCGGCCGGCUACGCCGCCUUCCGGCCUUCCUACCCGGCGUCGCUCUUCAGGACGGUGCUGGCGUACCACAACGCGCCGUCGGCGGACGGCACGGCGCUGGACCUGGGAUGCGGCCACGGGCUCAUCGCGCGGGCGCUCGCGCCGCACUUUGGGCGGGUGACGGCCAUCGACCCGAGCGCGGGCAUGAUCAAGCAGGCGUCCGAGUCGACGCAGGACGCCAAGAUUGCGUUCCGGCAAGCGGGCGCCGAGGACCUCUCGUUCGUGGCGGACGGGUCGGUGGACCUCGUCGUGGCGGGCCAGGCGGCUCACUGGUUCGACUACGGCAGGGUGUGGCCGGAGCUCGCGCGCGUGGUGCGGCGCGGCGGCACGCUGGCGUUCUGGGGGUACAAGGACAACAUCCUCGUCGGGUUCCCCGAGGUCAACGGCAUCUUUGAGCACUUUUGCUACGGCGAGGGGGAGGCGGCGCCCGGGAGCGGCUGGGAGACGAUGGGGCCGUACUGGGAGCCCGGGCGGAAGGUCCUGCGGGACGACUUGAAGGCGGUGGUGCCGCCGGCGUCGGAGUGGGAGGCGGUGAGGCGCAUCGUGUACGACCCGGACCGGCGGACGGCGCAGGCGCAGACAGAGUCAGGGGCGGACCCGGAGGCGGCGUGGCUGCGCAAGACGCUCAAGCUCGGGGAGUUUGAGCGUUACGUACAAACCUUCAGCGCGUACCGCGGGUGGAGGGACGCGCACCCCGAGGUCAAGAGCCGGGCGGAGGGCGGCGCGGGGGACAUUACGGAUCUGUUGUUUGACCGUUUGCUCGCGGCGGUGCCGGAGUGGAAGGCCAAGGGCGAUGGGUGGCGGGAUGUCGAGGUCGAGGCGGUUUGGGGCACGACAAUCAUCCUGGCCAAGAGGAGGUAA